AUGGCCGCCAUACGGACAGUACGGGCUGAUGCAGGAGACGUGCUGGGGACAGUGAGCAGAUGGCAGAUGUACACCGAGCUGGUACAGGUACUUCGAGAAUUGGGGAUGCGACAGGCCAUGUUCAAUGUGAAUACCCGUGACCAUCUCAAGAAUGAAGGGGAGAAAGAUAGAAGCAAAUUUUUGAAAGGCAUGAGUGACAAGGACAUAACGAAAUACAUAGAUGGCCAGUCAGAGACUAAUACUCCUAAAACAAACCAAGCCUCAGAGCCUGAGUCACCCUCUCCAGUUCAGGGUCCUGAUAAUCAGUCUUUGGGGGUUCCUGUGUCAUGUUCCAGCGAGGGGACCUCGGAUUCUCCAGUUCCCAUGACCUUUGAUGAAGUCACAGCCCACCCAGAACUCAUCAUUUCUCCGGAUCUGAAGACAGCGACGCUGGAUUUCAUCCAACAGGAGAGCUCAGAUGAGCCCACAGACCCUGAAUGCUUCUACCCAUUCCGCUGCGUGCUGGGCUUUCCAGGGCUCUCCAGAGGCCGCCACACCUGGGAGACACAGCUGGAUGGGCCCGGGGGCGGGGCCUGCAUGGUGGGCGUGGCCUUGGGACAAGCUGCCAGGAGGGGUUUUCUGGUAAUAGACCCCUUGACCGGCUUUUGGGUGCUUAGAAUAACAGGCUCCGAGUGCCAGGCUCUCCUGGAGGCUGGCGCCCGGGAGGACCUCCCCGCCUGUCCGAGGAAAGUGGGCAUCUGCGUGGAUUUUGAGUGCGGGGAGGUCGUCUUCUACGACGCCGUCACGAACACGCACAUCUACACCUUCUGCACCUCCUUCCCGGGACAGGUCUUCCCCUUUUAUCGGCUUCUGUUUCCAGGCACACGGAUCACCCUGAACCCCUGA